CCGAUUUGGCGCCAUUCCUCGCAAUUCAAAUUUUUGGUUAUGUUAUUUAUUCUAAACUUUCAGAAUUUUCUAUCAGAGAUUCUCUUAUUAUAUUUCCGCAAUGGACCCUGAAGAGGUAGAAUUCAUAGGAGAAAAAGAAAACGUUGUUAUAGUUCCAACUUUUAAUUAUAGUGCGAUUCACUUGAUAUCCGGAGAUAUCGGACCUUUCAGAGCAGGUUUGCCAGUUAAAGUACCAUUAUGGAUAGCAAUAAAUUUAAAGCAGCAACAAAUUUGUAAAAUAGAGCAGCCUGAUUGGAUGGACAUUGAUUAUUUGGAAAACCUGAAAGAAACCGAGAAAAAUGCGCCUACGUUCACCAAAAUGCCAAAUGAGCACUAUAUGACUAUUACGAAGGCUCUGUUGAAAAAUGCACCUGACGAUCUCAUUAGGGCAAAUGAGAUACGUACUCUUGUGAAAGAUAUAUGGGAUAUAAGGAUGUCAAAAUUGAGAUCCUCAGUUGAUGAACUCAUUAAAAAUAUGUCUUCUUAUGCAGCAGUCGACAAUUUAACGAUGAUGGAGAUAAAUUCAAUGAGGCCUCUUCUACCACAUGCUUUAGAUCAAAUCCAUAGGAUGAAAAGGUAUCAAGGACCCACAACUGGAUCUACGUCAACAAGUGGGCAACAGUCAAGAUCUUCCUAUUCUUUUAGAAGUUAAUUUAAUUCUGAUUUAAAGCAAAUGAUAUUGUUUUAUUAAUGUUUAUAGUUGAAUAUAUGAAGUUUUGAAGAA